CGAAAGAGACCUGCAUCAGUGUCGUUUCAGUUCGUGCAGUGACUCUACUCUAGCGGUUUUCCAGCUCAAGCGAAAUCUAUAGUUGGCAGAAUAGUGAAUACAAUUUUAAAAUAAAAAGUGACAGAUCGUGCAAGUGCCAGCUUUUAGUGCUUUGAUUAAUUUUGUGAAUAAAGAAAAAACUAUUGUAUGGUGACAAAAAGAAAGACCCCGGCAAAUCCUCAAUAGGCUACAUUUUACCUCUCUUUGGAGUAAAAGUUUGAGAAUUUCACUAAAGGACAUAAUCGAAGGUCAGUUAGCCCUUCUCCCGGGCUCUGACCAUAGCUCUAAGCCCGACUUCGGACUAAUAAACUUCAACGGAGAACCACCCUGGUGACAAAAGCUAUCUCUGGCUAAUCGCCACCCAGACAGGCUGCCUCUUUGCGUUUAUUGAAAUAUUUGAAAGACCUCGCACUGCUGUGACCCUCGCACCCUUUUCCGGAUCAGUUGACGAUUUUCGAACUACGUUUUACCCACGAAAGCAUUCCGAAUUAUUCUUUAGUUUGAUUUAGUUGUAACUAUAAUACAAAAAAAACAGCAUCAUGAAAUUCUUCGAGCGCGACAACGAACGCAUCCAAACUGUGGAUGGUCAGGUUAACGUGCCAUCGUUGAUCAACGGACUCACUGGACAUUUGUCCACCGAGGAACCAUUCUACGUGUUGGACAUCGGGAAUAUCGUUCGUAAGCAUCAGAACUGGAUUGAGAAAAUGCCCCGAGUGGUGCCCCAUUAUGCCGUCAAGUGCAACGAUAAUGACAUAGUUUGCGCGACACUUGCCGCACUCGGGGCAAGCUUCGAUUGCGCAUCGAAGGGAGAAAUCACCAAGAUCCUCAAUUUGGGCGUUAGCCCAGAUCGCAUUAUUUUCGCGAACCCGAUGAAACCGGCGUCCCACCUGCGCUAUGCCGACGCUAACAACGUCAAAUGUAUGACCUUCGAUAGCGAUGUGGAGCUGCACAAGAUCAGAAAGAUCUGUCCAGAUGCCAAACUUGUGCUGCGUAUCCGCUGUGAAGCGGAGAAAGCGCUUUGCCCACUUGGUAAAAAAUUUGGCUGCGAUCCAGUGGAGGAAGCUCCACGCCUGAUUAAAAUCGCACGCAGCCUGAAUCUGGAUUUGGUCGGCAUAAGUUUCCACGUAGGGUCUGGAUGUUCCGAUUUCCCCAUCUAUUACAAAGCCAUCUCGUUUGCACGCGAUCUGUUUGAUUAUGCUCGCACUCAUGGCUACGAAAUGACAUUGCUAGAUAUUGGUGGAGGAUUCCCCGGUGAAAAGAAUAGCUCGAUCGAUGAGGUUGCAUCAAUCGUUAAUACCGCCUUGGAACAGUUCUUCCCAGACAAGUCAGUUCGGGUAAUAUCCGAACCCGGUCGUUACUAUGUUUCCUCCGCCUUCACGCUAAUAACCGCCAUUCAGUCGAAGCGAAUUUGCUUGAAUUCACAAACUGGGGCAAUUGAUCGCAUAAUGUACUAUCUAAACGAUGGAGUCUACGCUUCUUUCAACUGCAUCCUGUAUGACCAUCAAACACCGAAGCCUUUACUACUCGGCGAUCAUAAAGGCAAAAAAUACAAUAGCACCAUCUGGGGACCAACAUGCGACGCAUUAGAUCAGCUAGUAGAAACCAUUCGCCUUCCGGAGCUGGAGAUUGACGAUUGGAUGGUGUUUGAAAACAUGGGAGCCUAUACCAUUCCAGUGGCAAGCCCAUUCAACGGCUUUCCACUACCAAAGAUCUACAGCUAUAUCAGCAAAGACACAUGGCUAAUGCUUAACGACUUAUGCCCGAUAGCCGAAGACAAUUGCUGCAAUUCCGUCGGAAAUGAACUCGUCGUUAGCUACGAGAACGCUAUCUGUGCCUGAAGCCGGCUAAUCAACCGAAUUUCUCCCCUGUUUGCUAUAAUUUUUACUCCUAAAUUGAACUCUAUUCUAUUCUCAUCGAAAAACAAAACGUGCACGUAUCCAUCAUUAAAUCAAGCUAGUGUAUUUCAAAUAAUUCAAUAAACGAAGAGGCAGCCUGUUACUGUCCUCAAUAUUAGGUAAUAAAGUAUUAUUAGGUAUAUAUUUAAAUCUGAA